AUGAGCCGGGGGACCUUCAUGGAGCUGGUGGGUGUGCUUCGCCCGACCUUGGAACGGCAGGCCACCAACAUGCGUGAGCCCAUCUCCGUGGAGAAUAGGGUGGCUGUGGCGGUGUGGUGCCUUGCCACUGGUGCCUGUUACCGCGUGGCGGUGGACAAAUUCAUCGUGGGAUUACCCACUGUCUCUGAUGCUGUAUUAGAGGUCUGCUUCGCCAUUGAGAGGGAGCUGCUUUCAAAGAUGGUCAGCCUCGGGGAGGAGGUCGGAAAGAUCAUGGAUGGAUUUUCUGCACUGGGGUUCCAUCAUUGUGUCGGGGCAAUUGAUGGAACUCACAUUCCCAUCGGUCAGCCCGGUGGGAAGCCGGACCAAUAUGGCAAUCGCAAGAACUACUCCUCCAUCUUGCUACAGGGCACAGUCGACCACACUGGUCAUUUCGUGGACGCGGAGGUCGGAUGGAGUGACAAGAACCAUGACGCUUUCGUCUUCCGCAACUCGGCCAUCUGUGCGGCGAUGGACACGGGAUUGUUUGUCCUGGGGAAUCCAACCCUGAGUCUGAAUGGUAUUUCUGUGCCACCACUGAUAAUCUCAGAUGGUGUUUAUCUGAUGCGGUGCUGGCUCAUGAAGCCCUAUGGGAAAUUUGCUGUGAUGCCACAACAGAAGUACUUUGACCGCUGCCUCACACGGGUGAGAAAUAAAGUUGAAUGCAGUUUCAGACGUCUGAAGGGGCGCUGGCAGUGUCUCCUACAUCAGCUGAAGGCCAGAGAGGAGAAUGUUGUGACCAUUGUGACUGCUUGUGUGAUUCUGCACAACUUGUGUGAGGCCAAAGGCCAUGGGGUGCUGGGUUCGCUGCUCGAUCCUACGCCUUUGACAAUGCCCGGGGAUGGGCUGGAGUACAGGGAGAAUGACCGGGGAAUGUUGGAGGAGGGGAAGGAGGUUCGUGAUGCGAUGGCGGCCUUCAUCUAUGCAUGA